UCCGUUAUGCCCAUUUUACAGAACAGGAAACUGAGGCUCUUAGGGUGGGCGAGGCCUGUGGUGGGGUAUCCCCUUUGCCCUCCUCUCCUGGUCGCUCUGUUGUGGGGAAACAGGGCCUGGCACCCCCACGGCCCCACCCUCUCAGAUGCUGUUCUCCUGGAGGCCUCCCUGCUCCCCAAGCUGAACAAAGGUGACUUUAAUCUGUAGCCCGGGGCUGGGUUUUUAGGGCACACCAAACCGCGGGAGAACAGGCCUCCCUUGAUCUCAUUAAGAAAGCAUUUUCCUUUUAAUCCAGCGGCAGUCUGCACGGGUCUGCACGGGCCGGCCUUCUGCCUCCCACGGCAUUCCUGGGCUGAGAUUCGGGGAGGCUGGGUGCGAGUCUGUGCGUGCAGCUGCCCUGGGGUGUCUGCUGGGCUCUGCAGGAGGUGUGCAGAAAAGGUGUAGAGGGAGCCUGCCACCCCCUAGCUCUGGGCCUAUGAUCCCCAGUUCAUGGCCUCACCUGAGACUGUGCCCAGGACUGAGGCUGCCCAGGUGAGGGUGGGACCCCUCCUGCCUGGGGUGGGUUUCCCCAGCCGCUGGGUAUGCACUGUGCUCCAGGCUUGCACAUGCUGGAGCCCUGUUGGACCUAUUUGAACGUGGAAGGAAACCGAGGCCGGGUGGGUGUCAGUGGGUGCCCUGCUGCCUUUGCUCAGAGCAUCCCCCACCUGCCCCAGGCUCUGCGCUCAGCCAUGCCAGGGUGCGCCGGGCGGCACGCGCUGGGCGGGCCGGGCAGAGGAAGGAACAUUCCUCCCCAUGUGCCGACAGGCCCAGGCGGGCGCCAGCGGCUCCUGUCCCCGCCCCGUCGGCCCUCUCCUCUUCCGCAGAGCUAUCCUGGCAGGGGGUGGCCUCUUGCUGGCACAGGUGGAACCUCGCCCUGUGCCGAGGCCCUGGGCAAGGCCUGUCUGCAACCAGACGUUCAUCUUCACGGACGGGGAGGACGAAGCCCUGGCCAGGCACACGGGCAACGUGGUCAACACGAACUGUUCGGCUGCCCACAGCCGCCAGGCCUUGUCCUGCAAGAUGGCCGUGGAGUACGACCACUUCAUCGAGUCGGGGAGGAAGUGAGUGUGGCCCCUGGAGACGCCCCCAUGCUCCUGUCCUGGCAGCCCCUGCGCCCCUCAUGCCCUCCCCAUGGUCCUGCCCUCAGGUGGUUCUGUCAUGUGGAUGACGACAAUUACGUCAACCUGCGGGCCCUGCUGCAGCUGCUGGCCAGCUACCCGCACACCCAGGACGUCUACAUCGGCAAACCCAGCCUGGACCGGCCCAUCCAGGCCACCGAGCGGGUCAGCGAGAACAAGGUGCGUCCUGUCCACUUCUGGUUUGCCACGGGUGGGGCUGGUUUCUGCAUCAGCCGUGGGCUGGCCCUGAAGAUGAGCCCGUGGGCCAGCGGGGGCCACUUCAUGAGCACGGCCGAGCGGAUCCGGCUCCCCGACGACUGCACCAUCGGCUACAUCGUGGAGGCCCUGCUGGGUGUGCCCCUCAUCCGCAGCGGCCUCUUCCACUCCCACCUGGAGAACCUCCAGCAGGUGCCCGCCUCCAAGCUCCAUGAGCAGGUGACCCUGAGCUAUGGCAUGUUUGAAAACAAGCGGAAUGCGGUCCACAUGAAGGGGCCCUUCUCGGUGGAGGCUGACCCAUCCAGUAUCUGGAAUCUCCCGCCCUGCCCCGCACAGCCGCCAUCCCGCAGGGCCCAGCUCGGCUCACCUGUCCUGUCAGGGCGUUUUGUGUUCUGUUUCUCUCUUUGCAAAGACAUAGCUAGGAAAGCCAGUGAUAAGGGAAUGUUCUCAGGGAAUUGAAGUGUUGUUGCUAUGGUGACGUCUUUUGCUGUGAAUAAAGGUGCUCUUUGCAGCGACCUCGGGGUUCCUGGUCUUGGCUGGAAGUGGAGCCUGAGCUCCAGGUCCAUGGGAGGUGGCUUCAGGGGCGCUGGGGCACACAGGAGAGGGGGUGGCUCAGCCUUUUCAUGUACCUAGUGGCAUAGGUGGGUAGAAAACCCUCCAAAGCAACUAUUGCAGAGGAAAUAGAACAGCUACCUGCUGGUGCCUGAGAGCUGGGCCAGCCCCGGGGCAGGUGGGCACUGUGCUUCCCGGGAACAAGUCAGGGCUGCUGGGGGCUACGUCCCACCCAGAGAGCAGCCCCAGGCUCUAGAACUACAGCCUGGCCCGGGAGCCUGGUCCCUGCAGGAGAGACGGUAACUAUGGUAGCAGCCUGGGACCUCCUUACCCAGCUCCAUUCCUGUCACGAGCCCACAGAGUCCACAGCCUUGUCUCAUUUUGCAGAUGGGGGAACUGAGGCUCAGCAGGUGCUGCCCACAGUCAAGCAGCUGGGCUGGAGGAGCUCAGACUCAGAGGCUGUGCAGGCCAUGUGUCCCAUCCCCCAUGUGCUGGUCACUGCCCUCCACCCCCUUCCCUGAAACAUCUUGACACCCUGAUUCAGCUCAUGGGAGGGGCGUUCUGAAAGGUGGGCAGUGCCCAAGUGGCUGUGGCCCCAGCCCCCACCUCAGCAGGUCCCAGGAGCCUGGGCUAAGAGUCUGACCUUUAAUUCCUCAGACCCAGCCUUUGUGGGUAGACUGAGCAGGGGAGGGCAGAGGCAGCCCCCAGCAGGGGUUCCCUCCCCACCCCCUUCCCGGCAGCCCCAGGGCCUCACUUCCUCUUCUCCAAACCAGAGCCCAGCCCCUCCUGUGCCAGCUCAGCCUGGCCUGCGCCCACGCACGCACACACUCAGUGCCCACACAGCCGGGGAGGGCCCCUUCCUCACGACCAUAGAUGGUGGCUACCCUGGCCUUGGGGGUGGCUGGCAGGACCUGGUCCCCACUUGGCCUUGGACAGGCCUGAAUCAGCAGAGCAGCUUCCCUGGGAUGGGGGGACGAGGCACCCUCACCCUCCCUUGGCUUGACUCUUGUAGGGGGCACCCCCAGACUCGGCUGCUACCCUCCCUCAGCACCCACCGUGUGCUGACCACUCAGGGUGGUGCAGGGCCCAGCUUCUGGGUCGGGGAGCCAAAAUUGCUGGGGGGGUGGUUACAGUGGAAGAGGCUGUGGGCCUCCUUCCUGCCCGGGUGAGUCAGAGGCUUGAUGCCUUCUGCCCUGGCCCCCACGCCAUCCCCUGUGGCUAGCAUCGCCUCCCGACAGAGCUGGAGGGACCCUGGGCCGAGGCCUGGCUGUCCCAGUGGUCGGGACAGCCCCUGCAGGCACAGCAGUGUGGCCCCUACUGGGGCAGGUGGAGUCCACGUUAGCAUGGGGCCAUUGGUCAUCACAGCUUGUCCUCAUGUCCCAGUGGGAGGGGAAUGGGGCAGUGGGUUGCUGAGUGAGUGCAGAGGAGCUGGCAGGAGGAGGCCUCAGCCGCCAUCUGAGGACUGGGGACAAAAUGCUCUGGGCCUGGGCAGGUUAGGGUUAGGGCAGCACCUGGUCCUUUCCUCCUUCAAGCUGAGGGAGGGAAGUUUCUCCCCCCAGAAGGGGAAACAGGUCCAGCAGGGCCUUAGGGCAAGGGGCAGCUUGAGCACUUCCACCCGCUGCUUCAGGAGUAGGAGGAAGGCCCCCCAACCGGAGGGUGAGUCACCCUGGCAGGAGAGGUGAACUCAUCUCUCCCCCAGGCACGUUCUGGGGACAGCUGUGCCCCACCUACUGACAGCGUCAUCCCCCCCAACCCACACACCAGACUAGGGGCUGAUCAGAAAGGGCCCUCACUGGCCCCGGGGGCUCCACAUCCCCCAGUCUGGUCCAGCCAGGUGCCCCCAACAAACUGCUGGUCAUUUGUGGUGCUUCUGAACUCUCACAAGUAAAACUGCAGCUGCUGAGGCUGCUGGGUGGGCAGCGAGGGUGGCAGCCUCAGCCCCAGCCAGAGCGGAGGCUGACCCAGGUGGGGAGAGGGCUGCUAGGGUGGGUCCCCUCCUCCCUUGGUUUGAAGGAACUUCCCCUCCUCUGAGGUCUUCAGGGCAGGCUUCCUGGGUGAGGCCCCUCAGCUGGGCGUCCCAGGGCCAGCCUGGGCACAGGUGCAGAGGAGGGACCAGACGGGAGGCUGGGAGGUAGGAUGAGCACUGGGGUGGGUCUCCACGAUCCCCCCUCCCACGCACACACCAGCAGGCAACCAGGGCUUUCCACAGGCUCUGGUGCUGGGCCUGGGGUCAGAGGGGAGGCAGGGGCCAGGGCCAGAAUCAUGGGCUAGUUUUGCUGCCACCUGGGCCCUCCCCAGCCCCGCUUUCAGAGCUCAGGCUGGAAAUACAAGAAGGCAUGACUGGAGACCCAGGGCAGGGAGGCUGAAGCCUGGAGGCUGCCCAGAUGUCACUGCCGUGCAGUUUGAGGGCUCACAUCUGUGCUGCUUCCCAGACCCACUUCUGCUCCACGCAUGGCCCACACAGUCCUCGGGCGCCGGCUGGUGGCCACAGCGGUAGUUUCUCUCACCUUUUGAGUCCCACCUUUCCUGGCACCCUCGCUGGAUCUGGGGGUGCAGCCCCUAAUGGUCUGGAGAAGGGUCUUCUGCAGCCCUGUGCCUGUGACGUCAGGACUGAUGUCUGAUUCCUGCCUGCAACGUGGGUGAUGUCGCGUGGAGCUCGAGUCAGCUUCCUGCGGAAGGAAGCCUGUGCCUCCUGUGGCCACUGCCUGUGCCCGGCCCGGGAGCGGGGCUCGGUGUCACAGCGCCCCUCCUGCUCUGACACCCGGGUGGCAGCCCGGCCCCACAGCAGCCCCUGGGUACUAGGGCCUCUGAGGUGGGAGGAGCCGACUGUUCUCUUCUUCCUCCUCCUCCUCCUCCUCCCCCACCUCCAGCGCCCCCUGGUGGACAUCCGCGUCCCCUGUCCCAGCAAGAUUUCUGCUCUGGCUCCGGGGCAUCCUCUCCCGCACUGCUCCUGGGUCCAUCCCUGAUGACUGGCAUUCCCUUCAAACACCCUUUCCUCACCCCUCCUAUAUCCUGACUCUCACGUCCCAAAUCCCGCUCCUGGGCUGUCCUCACCUGGCUGGAAUCUCGUGGGCUUGAUCUCACCUUUAACACUCUCUCGGUCAAGCUGUGACCGUGAUCCAGUUACACCCGCCUUCUGCCUGCUCUGCACCGACACCUGAGCACAGCGGGAGAAAACCCGCCUCACACGCCCCACCUCACCCCCAGUCUCACUUUGAGUUCCAGACCAGGGGCCUCAGGGGGCCCUCAGGGUGUCCCCCGUCCCUCACCUGCGGCUCCCGCCUCCCGCCCAGCCUCUCGACGUGCCAACGACCUGGCUUCCUAGUUCAGGAGACCCUCCAGGACCCAGCCCCUCAACCCAUCUCCCCAGCUCCUGCUGCAGCCAACCCUCCACCAUGCCCAGGGCCCCAGCCCCACCAUCAACUCUCUUCUCUCCUCCCCCAUCCCUUAUCCUCUCUGCCGCCCACCAGCCUAACACACAUGCACGUGCACACGUACUCGAGCACACGCGCACACACCCUGCUUCUCUGGACCACACCCCCUCCAGCUGUCACCCUGUUUUUCUGCUUUGCAGCCGAGCUCCCCAGAGGCCUUCGUUCUUACUGUGCCGAUCCCUCCUGCCCCACCCUGUCCUGGACUGACUGCUGGGCUUUCUAGGCACUUGUGGGUACUGAGCCUUCAUGUGGCUUCCAGGAUGCCCACUCCCCUGGGCUCCCCACCUUGCUGUUAUCGUCCCCUUCCCUCCCUUCCCCUCCCCUCCACUGCCCUCUUGUCUCAGACCCUGAACACUGGGCCCCACCCAGUCCUCGGCCUUCCUGUCUUCUUUUUGACACUCACUCCCUGGGUGAUCUCACCCAGGCUAGCGGCUUUAAACACCCUACUGCUGGGUGCAGCAGGUCACACCUACAAUCUCAGCCACUGAGGAGGCGGAGGUGGGAGGACCGCUUGAGACCAGGGGCCCGAGGCUGCAGUGAGCCAUGAUGCCGUCCCUGCACUCCAGUCCUGGCGACAGAGCGAGACCUGUCUCCAGCCCAGCAUUCUCCCCAGAACCCAGACUUGCACACCCCAUCGCCUCCCCACACCCUGUGAUGGCUGAGAGACACCUGAGGCUCACCAUGUCCAAAACUGGCCCUCUCACCUCCCCUGCCCCAAACCUGCACCCUCCCAACUGUCCCAUCUCAAUUUAUGACAAUACCGUUCCCCCAGCUGCUCGGCCCCAAGCCACACCAUGCCCAGUCUGGAGGAGGCGCUGUUGGUGUCACCUUCCAGAACCUGAGCCCUUCCCAUCACUGCCCCACCCCAGCCUGGCUGCCACCAGCUCUUGCCUGCCGUUGCCUCCUUACCACCAGCUCUUGCCUGGUUUCUCACAUGGGCCCUGUCGCCUUCCCAAUUCUGCAGCCUGGGUGAUCCUGUUUACAUGAAUGUUAGGUCAUGUGACACUGCUCAGACCCUUCCCCCCCCCCUCGCCCCGGGGAUAAAUCUGAGUCCUUAGGGGCCCACAACCCUUGUGUGACCCCCAGCCCCUCCCCUCCGGCCACUCUCAUACCCUUGCUUGAACACACCAGGCAUAUAUCUGCCUCAGGGCCUUUGCACGUGCUGUUCUCUCUGCCUAGAACCCUCUUUUCAUCAGAUAGCCACAGGACUAGCUUCCCAUGGAAGGCAGAAUAAUGGCUCCCAAAGAUGAUGACCCUGUCCUGAUUCCCAGACCUGUCUGCAACCAUGUCACUUUACACGGCAAAAGAGACUUUGCAGAUAUGGGUUAAUUAGGGAUCUUGAAAUGGAAAGAUUAUACCAAAUUAUCCAGUGUUGUCACAAAGGACCUCAUGAGAGGGAGGUGGAAGAGUCGGGUCAGAGCGAGCUCUGAGGCUGCUGCUGACUCUGGAGCUGGAGGAGGGGCCAGGAGCCAAGGAAUGUGGGCAGCCUCCCGGAGCUGGAAAGGUGAGGACAUGGGCUCUUCCUGGACUAGUCCCCAGGGCCUCCGGGAGGCACGCAGCCCUGCUGACACCUGACUUUAGCCCAGGGAGACUCUGCCCCACAGAACUCCAAGACCAUAAAUGUGUGUUACGUGCA